AUGCCCGAGCCGCCCGGACCGCGCCCCGGCUUCCCCCGGCCAACUCCCGGCUACCCCCCGGAUAACCACAAUACCCCCAAUACCCCCGGGGUGCGCGCGUCCCCCCGGGACCCGCGUGUAGAGUUGGGCGGCUAUCGGUCGCUGGCAGCCGGCCGCCGGCUACUGGCAGCUGGUAGCUGGCCUCUGGCCACCGGUAGCCGGCCACUGGCCGCUAAUGGCCGGCCACUGGCCACUGGUGGCCGGCCACUGGCCAGUAGCCGGUGGCCGGUCGCGAGGCCCGCGCGGCCGCGUCCCUACGCACUGACUGCAUCAUCUGGACGUUUUCUCCGCACUCUAUUUGACUCGUGC